AUGCCACGGGGACGAAAGAGUCGGCGUCGCCGUAACGCAAGGGCUGCAGAAGAGAACCGCAACAAUCGUAAGAUACAGGCCUCAGAAACCUCCGAGACCCCGAUGGCCGCCUCUUUGGUCCCGAGCACCCCUGAGGACGACCUGAGCGGCCCAGAGGAAGACCCAAGCACUCCAGAGGAGGCAUCCACCACUCCCGAGGAAGCCUCGAGCACUGCUCUAGCGCAGAAGCCCUCGGUAGCCAGGAGCAAUUUUCAAGGCACCAAGAAAAGUCUCCUGAUGUCUAUAUUAGCCCUCAUCUUCAUCAUGGGCAACAGCGCCAAGGAGGCCCUGGUCUGGAAAGUGCUGGGAAAGUUGGGGAUGCAGCCUGGCCGGCAGCACAGCAUCUUUGGAGAUCCAAAGAAGGUCGUUACAGAAGAGUUUGUGCGCAGAGGGUACCUGAUUUAUAAGCCGGUGCCCCGUAGCAGUCCUGUGGAGUACGAGUUCUUCUGGGGACCUCGAGCACACGUGGAAUCAAGCAAGCUGAAAGUCAUGCAUUUUGUGGCAAGGGUGCGUAACCGAUGCUCCAAGGACUGGCCAUGUAAUUACGAUUGGGAUUCUGAUGAUGAUGCAGAAGUUGAGGCUAUCCUCAAUUCAGGUGCUAGGGGUUAUUCUGCCCCUUAG